CUCUAUUCUAGGCAACUUGCUUUGUCUCUGCCAGACUUUCAGCAACCCCUGCCCCACGAGGACUUCGAUUCGUGUACAGAUUUUUUGCAAGAAGCGCGCGACUGGCUUACUGUGAAUUUGAUUAGAUCCACAAUCUGACGCAACACUGAACAGCUUGCGACCCCGUGCGAAUUAGAUUACCGACACGAUGAAGUUCAAUACUGUCGCCCUCACCCUGGCUACCGCCGGUACCCUGGUGUCCGCUCAGCACCACCACCAGCACCGCCAUCACCACAAGCGCUCCCCCGACGCCGAGGUCGUCACGGUGCCCGGUCCUACCGUCACCACCUUCGUUCUCGACGGCAAGGUCAUUACCUAUGAGGAGGCCUGCGCUGGUAUCCGCAAGGGAACUUUGAAGUUCUCUGGCAACGUGCCUGCGGAUGUUUGCCAGUCCUCUUCUUCUACUGUGGCUUCGAGCACCACCAGCCCGACUCCCACGGCUUCCGUCCAGGCUGCUGCUGAGUUCAUCGAGGUCGCCGUCCAGCACUCGUCGAGCUCCAGCUCCAGCUCCAGCAGCACCAAGACCAGCAGCACCAAGACCAGCAGCACCAAGACCAGCAGCUCGUACGCCGCUGCCUCCUCCAGCUCCUCCGCCAGCAGCUCUAGCAGCAGCUCCUCCUCUGCCACCGGUGUGGACAAGGAGUUCCCUGAUGGCGAGCUUGACUGCGACACCUUCCCCUCUGAAUACGGUGCCGUUGCCCUCGACUACCUUGGCCUUGGCGGUUGGUCUGGUAUCCAGUACGUGACCAUCGUCGACGACAUUGUCGACACCAUCGUUACCGGUGUCACCGGCGAUUCCUGCAUUUCCGGAGCCAUGUGCUCCUAUGCCUGCCCUGCCGGAUACCAGAAGUCCCAGUGGCCCAGUGCCCAGGGUUCUACCGGCCAGUCCGUUGGUGGUAUUGAGUGCAAGAACGGCAAGCUCCACCUUACCAACAAGUCUCUGUCCAAGAAGCUUUGCAUUGAGGGUGUCGGAGGUGUCCACGUGAAGAACACCAUGAGCGAGGAGGUCGCUGUUUGCCGUACCGACUACCCUGGUACCGAAUCCGAGACCAUCCCUCUCGCUGUCUCUGCCAACAGCGAGCUCCACCCCCUGACUUGCCCCAACGGCGCCACCUACUACAAGUGGGAGAACGAGACCACUUCCGCUCAGUACUACGUUAACCCCAAGGGUGUUUCCACCGAGACUGGUUGCCAGUGGGGUAACGGCAGCUCUCCUAUCGGCAACUGGGCUCCUAUCAACCUUGGUGUCGGUUACAGCGAUGGCAAGUGGCUUUCUCUGUUCCAGAACAGCCCUACCACCACCACCAAGCUUGACUUCAACGUGAAGAUCCAGGGUGACAACCUCAGCGGCUCUUGCAAGUAUGAGGAUGGUACCUUCUACUCCGAGUCUGGCUCCAACGACUCCGGUUGCACUGUUGAGGUUCUCUCCGGCUCCGCCACCUAUGUCUUCUACUAAGCUAGUCGAGGGCCCGACACCCACCCGCCGUGGCCGUACGAUUCGGUUCGCAUCCGCUAAUUUGAAUCGAACCCCGUCGGCUCGCAAAUAGAAGAACUUUCAUGCCUCUGUUCAUUCUGUUCAUGAUUUUCUGUCCAGUGCGGUUGCUUUCUUCUCUGUAUCUUACUAUAUUGUCCUAUGUGGCUUGGAAAAUAUAGCACCUGUCACAUAUGUCGCGUCGCCAUUCCCUUGAUGGCGACGAUUGUGGUUAGACCUUACCUUCUCUACUGCAAAGUAACACUGAUUUCCGUUUUUCUAGCCGCACUUUUCUACCUUAUUCCCCCCCGUGAGCAGCCAGAUUUGCUCGUCAUGUUAUAAACUAGCAAUGCCUUGUAUAGUAGUUUUGUUUAUGUCAUGAUUGAAGAUGGAUUUAUCUCUUUCUGUACCGA